GCUUCAGCAUUGCAUGCAUUUACGAGUGGGACUUGCGAAUGUAAUAAAAAUAACCAAUCACAGACAACCUUGCACAUAAUCUUUCCCACCUACCAUCUUGAGAAGACUAAAACACGAUCAGCUAUAGGCUAUUAAAAUAAAAAACAGCAAAGAAACCAGUUUUACAAAAGAGGUUAAGUUUAAUGUUAAAUAACACGCCGGGAGAGGAAAUGCCAAAUCAUUUCUGUGUUCAGUUAAAUUUUUAUCUUAGCUUUUUUAAUUUUGUUCUUCUUGUAUUCUGUAUAGGACAGACGUGGAAGUCGCAUGCUGUUAGUCUGCAGCAAGCAGCGCUGUGAUACAGAGGCUGGCGGAACUAGAGAGUACAUAAACUCGCUUCAGCAAACAGCAGCGGUUGUGAGCAAAGACAGACAACACUUACGAGUGACCCGAAACACCUCUGGUACAAUAAAAACUCCGGCAAGAAUGACAGGUUCAAGACAGAUUCUGAGGAACCAAGUUCUGUGUGUUCUUCUGGCUGUCUUGCCCUUUUCGGUAAGAGGGUUUCCUGAUGGUGCGCCAGUGGACGCCUGUGUAAAACCCAGACCCAAUCAGCCGUACCAUGGACAGGCCAGGUCUCAGCCUUCGGAAACUCUACCGUACAUUCUCACAGCUUCCAGCAACGAAUACGGACCGGGCUCAAAGAUUACAGUUUCCAUCAGAGGUGACAUAUUCCGAGGGUUCUUCCUUCAGGCGAGAGAUGUCGCCACCGGCUCCUGGGUGGGAACGUGGGAGGAAGCCCCCAACACGAAGGGACUCCCCGAGUGCGCUGCCAUAACGCACGCCGACAAUAAAGACAAACUGCAGGCUACUAUAGUUUGGAGCGCUCCGCGGGACAGUCCCGGGGGACAGGUGUAUUUCACGGGUUCUGUUGUGAAGGACUACAUAACGUUCUGGACGGACAUUGUUGCGCAACUUGAACAGUGACACAACAAUUAACAGAGAUCGUUCUAUGUUGCUUCUCUGUUACUGACUUCUUUAAAUGAGUAAGAAAAAUUAAUUUUUUAGAGUUUCCGUUAUAAAACGGUAAGAACAACUCUCACUGAAACUGUUAUCUUUCAGUGAUAAAUACGAGAAGGGGCUGAGCAAAAGUUUAUGAAGACGAAAUGAACAUAUCCUUUGUUCUGUGGAUAAAGGAAUUACUAAGGAUGUCAUAGAUAAGGGUACAGGAGCGUUGUAAACGUCAGACCGUUAACAAACACAACACAAGCUUCAUUUAAACAAAUAAGUUCACAUAUUCAAACAAUAUAAAAAUAAGGCACCAGGUGUUACCGUAAUUCAAAACUAAAUACAUUCAAAUAAUAUACUUUAAAAAAGAGUACGGUCUUCUGGAAUCUACCGCUGUGUAUUAAGGAUAGAAAACGACGCUUCGGACGAAUAUACCGCCUCCAUCUUCAGGGUGGAGGCAUGAAAAGCAGACGGCGAGUUGAGCAUUUUAUAGCCUAUUCGUCGGGGUCUCUCCAAACAACACGGCGUCAUGUCCUCACAAUCACUGCCAUGAUAAUCUCACACCCAAAACAUAUUUUGUGUUAUGACAUUUUACUAGCAUGAGAAAAACACACUGAAAUCUGUGCCAAAAAAUAAUAAUUUUUGUGUUUCCUAAAACGUAUCACUAACGUAGUCUGUAUGAUUUAUUAAACGAGGAGGAUAUAAAUGUGAAUUUGUU